AUGUAUACACCAUCUGUAGGCUAUUAAUCUACUCCUUACUUGCAUUAGCACCAGGUUCCUGUUACACGUCAUCUCGCAUCAUAUAAUUUGGGUGUUUCACCAGUUAAUAGGCCUUUUGAUUCUCCUUAAGUAGGCAGUCCUUAAAUUAUUUAAAGCAGAUAUAUUGAUGGAGCUUAAUCCCCAGCAGGUUUAACUCCUUAAGGGUCUGUUUUCGGCGCUAACCGCCCAUAGAGUGUAUAAUACGGAUAAUAUGGCUAAAGCCCUGUUUCAGUAUAAAGUUAAUUGAUAAAUUCUCCAUACAACAGUGGAGUAUACAACCCUUAAAUGAAAUACAUAGGAGGUACUUAAGGUAGUAUUGCUCAAUAGGGAACAGUAGCAGGUUAAGGUUCAAUCACUCCAGGAAGUAUUGCAAAUACUUAAGGAGGUCCUUCAGCAGUUUAAUAAAAUUUAGUACAAAGUCAACAAUAAAUUUAGCAAUAAGGUUUAUAAUAGUCAAGCGCAAUUUAGCAAUAAUAGGAUAUAGCAGUUACAAACUAAUUCACAGCAGGAUCUGCCGCAAAUAAGACACCAGUUGGGCUAGGAGCAAGUCCUUCGGUUGACAUUAAUAGUGCAGCCAACUAUGAAAAUGCUAAUUUCAAAGGCGGCGAUUUCUACAGAAAUGGACCAAAUUAGUUCACUCGCGUGCCUUACGAUCAUGCUGAAAGAGACUACUAUGAUUAAGACCUAACUUAAACCAGACGCCGUAAUCCAGGAAAGAUAGUUGGUCCUCAUAUUUAUUCUUAUGAUGACAGUGAAGAUUUCAGAGUCAGAAAACCACCCGAUUAAGAACACGAGUAAAAAAUUCAAAAAUUGAAGAGCGAAAAAACAAAAAGAGAACUUCACGUCUAAGAACUAGAUUAUAAAAUACAUAUUUUGGAACAAGAAAACUAAAGUUUGAGAAAUCAAAUGGAUCAAAUGAAGACCGACUACAAAAGACUAGCUUAAGUGUAUGAAGAAAAAUAUAGUCAUGAAAUAGAGAGAUUGCACUUAGAAAACUAAGAUUAUGAGAACUCAAAUAAGUAGUGGGCAACCAGAUUUAAAGAUUUGGUAGAUAAAUGUGAUGAUCUUGUUCAAGAAAAAUAAGAUUUGGAAGAGUAAAAUAGAAAAUUAAAUGACAAAAUCCUUCAAAUUCAGGUAUUGCUACAUGAAUAGCCAAUUAAAAACUAAAUGAGAUUUGAAAGCACUAAUAAAAACUUCUGA